CAUCAGGUGACUAUAUUGGCGGGUUCGUGAUUCUAACGGACUCAUAUGUUCCGACGGACGGGUAUCAGGAGAGUUUGCAAAAUGACUACUACGGCUUCUACCGACGCCGCGACCACUAUCGUGCAGAAUGACAGCCGCUUCAAUGACCAGUUUGGCGAGAUGAGCCCACGGGCCAAGGAGAAGGUUAAGGGCGAGAUGUCGGACUUUGUGCAGAAGUUCAUUGCUGCCUCGCCCUUCGCCGUGAUGGCAUCCGCCGACCCGGACGGCAACUGUGAUGCCUCGCCCAAGGGCGGCAAGGCCGGCUUCGUCAAGGUUAUUGACAGCACGCGCCUGCUGCUACCCGACGUGGCCGGCAACCGGCUGUUCCAGUCCUAUCAGAACAUGGACACCAACCCGCACGUGGGUUUGCUGUUCAUGAUUCCCGGCAUCAACGACACGGUGCGUAUCAACGGGACGAUCUCCAUCGUGGACAAGGAAGAGCUGGAGCGGCAGAAGGUAGAGCUAGAACUGUACUGGACGGACGACAACUCCAAGCAUCUGCAGGGUAUCAUCAUCAACGUGGAAGAGUCGUACACCCACUGCCCGAGAGCGUACAACUUCGCCAAGCUGUGGGACACGGAUCAGAUUACUGAGAACCAGACCAACCGGCCCAUUCCGCUGCGGCCGUAA